UGGUCCCCGCCAACUGCUUCUCGGUUCUGUAUAGUUGAAAAAGUAAAAAACAAGAGCUCCUCUUUUCAACCUAUAUCAUUCAGAUAUGGAGUAGUAGAAGGUAUAUACACAAAUCUGCGAUUAAAAAAACACUUAAAACAGGCUGUUUAUUCGGGUGCGAUGGAGAUAUCAAAAUUGAAGGCGCUUCUAAAAAAUAUAUCAGGUUUAUUUCAUUUAUCUUCUCGUGAUAACUUAAGCUUUGAACCAGUUCAGAGGUAUUAUCAAAAGGUUGAAGAGAUGUUCAAGGUGAUGAAGCUAGUGCUUGAUGCUAUUAAUGAUGCUGAAAUAGCUUCUCAUGAAUCACUUCAAGAGCCAUUUGCAAGCUUGUAUGACUCGGUUGAUGAAUUAAGAGAAAUAUUUGAGACGUGGCAUCCAUUAAUGAGUAAAGUUUAUUUUGUUCUGCAAGUUGAAUCCUUAAUGAUAAAGGUCCGUUCAUCUGGGUUAGAUAUUUUUGAGUUUCUAAAAAGUUCUGAUCAACCUCUCCCUGUUGAAUUGAGCACGGCAUCUCUUGAGCACUGCCUCCAAAAACUUAAGCAUUUGGGAUUGGAACAAACAUCAGCUGUUAUCACAAAAGCUACAAGGGAUCAGGUGGAGGGCUCUGGACCCACUUCAGAUUGUCUGGUAAAAAUUACAGAUUCUUUGAGCUUAAAGUCCAAUCAGGAACUUCUUAUAGAGGCUGUGGCCCUUGAAAAGUUAAAAGAGAAUGCCGAGCAAGCUGAAAAAAAUGUUGAAGUUGACUAUCUUGAUCAACUAUUAGCUCUUGUUACCUACAUGCAUGAGCGGCUUGUUCUGCUGAAACAGUCUGAGAGUUAUAACACUGUUCAAAUACCUGCUGAUUUCUGUUGCCCUCUCUCGCUUGAGCUCAUGACAGACCCUGUAAUUGUGGCUUCAGGACAGACCUAUGAGCGGGCUUUCAUCCGAAAAUGGAUUGAUCUUGGGCUCACUGUUUGCCCAAAGACGCGCCAAGUUUUGGCACAUACUAAUCUUAUCCCUAACUACACUGUAAAGGCACUGGUUGCCCAUUGGUGUGAAUCAAAUGGCGUAAAGCUGCCUGACCCCAUGAGGUCAAUGAAUUUAAACAUACCUUCUUCUCUCCUUAGACAUGCAGCAUCUGGUGCACCCCGAGAUUCACAAACGGCUCCAGACUCUGCAUACUCAAGCGGUUCGCCAGGAAAUAACUUCAUCUCAUCUAGUGUAACCAAUCGGGAGGGAACUUCUCCAUCACGUCCACGCUCAUCUUCUGAGGAUUCCUUGUCUGAGGAAGCUGAAAACGGGCAUGCUUUAAACAUUGAUAGCUUGUCCCCCAGAAGAUCUGAAAACAGGCAAGCGAAUUUGGGGGAUAAAAAUUUGGAUUCGGGUUCCCGAACCACAAUGUCACCUACUGGAGAAAUGCCCAAUGUUUCGAGGACUAAUGGGUCAUUAUCACAUGGUCAUAAUAGGACAAGCUCAGCCUCUAGCACACUUUCUAAUGCAAACUUUUCACAAGGAAUCCCUGGCGAUAACAACGAGGCCUCCUCACUGGUCACGGCAUACAGUAUUGAUGAUUCAGGUGAGCUUACAUCAGAACGCCAGUCUGCUGCUACUUUGUCCUCUGCUCAGAGAGAGCCUGAGUUUUCACCCCGAUUUGAGACAAGAUCUCGAACUCAGUCAAUUUGGCGCAGGCCUUCUGAUCGAUUUGUUCCUAGAAUUGUGUCUUCUCCUGCUGUUGAGACAAGGGCUAUACCUACUGCUGUCGAGAUCCAGAUUCAGAAGAUGGUUCAGGAUUUAAAGAGCACUUCGAUGGAAGAACAAAGAGAUGCUACAGCUGAACUUCGUUUACUUGCAAAACAUAACAUGGACAAUCGUAUUGUAAUUGCAAACUGCGGUGGCAUACCCUUGUUGGUCAAUCUACUUCGAUCAACAGACGCAACAACACAGGAAAAUGCUGUCACUGCACUUCUUAAUCUGUCAAUCAAUGAUAACAACAAGGCUGCUAUAGGAAACGCUGAUGCAAUUGAUCCACUAAUUUAUGUCCUUGAGUCGGGGACCGCUGAAGCUAAAGAAAAUUCUGCUGCCACACUUUUCAGUUUGUCAGUGAUUGAGGAUAACAAAGUCAAGAUUGGGAGAUCUGGUGCAAUUCAACCUCUGGUUGAUUUGUUGGGGCAUGGAACUCCUAGGGGAAAGAAAGAUGCAGCCACAGCUUUGUUCAAUUUGUCAAUUUUUCAUGAAAACAAGGCCCGCAUUGUGCAGGCUGGUGCAGUGAAGUACCUUGUGGAACUGAUGGACCCUGCAGCAGGCAUGGUUGAUAAAGCCGUUGCUGUUUUGUCAAAUCUUGCUACUAUUCAUGAGGGAAGGGCAGCAAUUGGCCAGGAAGGAGGUAUUCCUGUCCUUGUUGAAGUUGUUGAACUGGGAUCUGCAAGAGGGAAGGAAAAUGCAGCUGCUGCCCUUUUACAGCUUUGCACUAACAGCAGUAGAUUUUGCAAUAUGGUACUCCAGGAAGGAGCUGUCCCACCGUUAGUGGCUUUGUCACAGUCGGGCACCCCAAGAGCAAAGGAAAAGGCUCAAGCGCUUCUGAGCUACUUCAGAAACCAACGACAUGGCAAUGGUGGUAGAGGAUAACUGCGAAAGUUUAAAGUGGUAUGUCCUCUAAUGUUUAAAGUAAGAGUCAUACAGUGUACAUUUGAUGUUGCAAAUAAUGCAUUUGAAUGUUGUAGUUCUUUUAUGUGUGUACUUAAUUUUAAAAAAGCCGGAGAAAGAAAGAAAAGAACUGAUUUAAGGGAGGCUUAUUAGGCCCUUUGGUAGUGACUUUGUGAAUUGUCAAACUUUGUAUAUGUAGCUCAAUUUUUGCAGCUUCUGUAUGUAUCUGGGGCCACAGAUUAUUUAUAUUUUAAAGAGAAAAUAUAGUUAUGUGUUUUUA